UAACAAAACAGUAUUUCAAGAUUCUUUCUUUAAACAAUUGGGUUUGUUCUUUAACACUUUAUUUCCAUCUUUACCUUUUCUGUUAAUGCCAAAGCUGUAAAGCGCGUUAAUUAAGGCCAGUCCUCUCAGCCUUAAAGCCUCAACUGUCGGUUUGAGAAAAUCAAAGAAUGAGUUACUACGAUCAUCAGCAGCAGCCUCCGGUUGGGGUACCUCCUCCUCAAGGGUACCCACCAAAAGAUGCAUACCCUCCACCAGGGUACCCAGUUCAAGGCUAUCCUCCGCAGGGGGCUUAUCCUCCUCAGUACGUUCAGCAGCAGCCUCCUCGCCGGCAAGAAACUGGUUUUCUUGAAGGAUGUUUAGCGGCGCUGUGCUGCUGUUGCCUUCUCGACGCUUGCUUUUGAUCUGAGGAGAAGCUUCACCGUCUCUGUUAUAUGUUUAUAGCAAAUUAUCUUCCUGUUUUAGAUGAGAAUAAUAACACCGAGUUUGUAUUAAUUACAACUUAAUUAAAAUAAUAAAAUUAUAUGAACUAUUUUAGAUA